GGAAAUUUGGUUUGUUCGGACAAGUGGUAAUGCCAAAUUAGCUUUCAUGGUAUCGAUCGACACAGAGCUCACUCAGCUGAAUCUCUGCGAUCAGCUGAGGGCAAAUUCCUCCUUCAUGAAAGUGAUUGCUACCAUCUUCCAUUACGGUAACCAGUCAAUGAACGCCGCGCAAUUGGUCAUUGCCGUCAGAGCCUUGGAUUUGCUGCCUCUCAGAGGUGAAACUCCCAAAAGUACGGUGCAAGGCAUUAUCUCGACAUCUCGUAAAACCGCGAGAGAUUUGCGUCAGCCUGAUCCUUUCCGCAUUGAGAAGGAUGAAUCGGGCCGUCAGGCGAAAUACUCCAUAUCGGACUCCGUGCUCAACGGAGUCACACCGCCUGAACCGCAAGAGAUACCUGAUGAACCGAUUAUCCUGAAGCCGGUAGAACACGCCUCAUAUUCCUCCUCUUAUGCAAGCCAGCUAGGCAAGCGACAUCGAAAAGCACCAAAGUAUUAUUCUCCCGAAGCGGCCUUACGCAAAGCCAAUCGUCGACGUGCUAGAGCGUCGAAACUGAAACGUAAACAAAACGCAAAUUACAGCGGUGGAGAAAGCGAAGGUUCUGAAAUUGAUGUGGAUACAGAUGAUGAAUUAAGCUUUGGCUCCGGUUCGGAAGAAGAGUCUCAGAUGAAUACGGUGCCUGAAGAAGACACAAUCAACAAUUAUUCCUUAUUAUACUCACCACCCACCACUGAAAUGACUUACAUCGAUCCCAUCAAUUUUGCAGAAUAUCCUAUUGCUGGUCAUUUCGCCAUUGUGCAACAGAAAGGUUAUACGUAUCCCCGCUUCCGAUCGCAUGAAAAAGUCAAAAUUCCCAAAGUUCACUGUGAGGAUAAAUUUCGCGUCGCCGACAUUGUUCAACAAAAAAAGGAUGAAAAACCCACUAUUGUUGGCCGCAUGUUCAUUCUCGCAGACGGUCAUGGCGGUCCUGGUUGCUCUGAAUUUUUUGUUCGCAACACACCUGCCGCCAUUCAGAAAUUAUGCGCCGAUUACGACCCUACCGAGUUUGGUGACAUCCAAGUUCAGCGGCGUUUUGAAACAGACGUAAAACGGAUGGUCGAAGCAUUAGAUGAAGAGUAUCUCGCCAUGAAAAGAAUCGAACUCGGUCGACAAAAAGACGCACAACCGAAGCAAACACCUGAAACAGACGAAGGAAGCAAAAACGAGUCCACGGACAAGAUGGAAUUGGAUGCUACCUCUGAACCGUCGGUUGAACAGCAUGUGGAUAACGAUGGCAGCACCCUUAUUAUCAAUCUGUUUUUUGGCAGUUGGAUGGUCAAUGUCAACGUUGGCGAUUCUCGCUCCAUUCUUAUAUCAGCUCCGGAACCCAGCAAUACACCUGCCGCGACGAAUACCAAUCCUCACGGAUAUCCCGUAGCUGGCGCGGUGGAUUUGGAUUACAAAAUGGACGUGGUAUUCGCUUCGCAAGACCAUAAGCCUUACUUGGAACAUUUAGCUCGCGAGAUCCUUGAAAAUGGUGGCGAGUUUGUGGAUUCGGUGCAAAAUCGCGUCAUCAAGGUGGAAUUGGAUAAAUUGAGAGAAGAUGGCAAUCGCCAUGCCAAACGUUUAGCUUUGAAGAAUGCCCGUAUUCGCCCCAAAGGCUAUCACGCAGGUCAUGAUCAGUCCAAUGGGAGUGCCGAAGCAGAGACGGGGAAUACGACGGCCCAGCUUACACAAGCAUCUUCCAACCAUGCAUCGGUAAAGUCUCGAUCGAAUCAAGAUCGUAUUCCGUCCUUGAAUGUCGCACGAUCUUGUGGUGAUUUGGAUUUCAAGAUGGACCCCAAACGAAAAAUCAUAUCGUGUGAACCGGAUGUGAACUUUAUUCGGAUAUGCGAUGACGAUGUGGACAAACAAGACGAAAAUAUGCGAACCGUGUUGACUUCAGCGGCGCAUAAAGGAAAGCGAAGGCAUUUUCUGUUCAUGAGCACCGACGGCACCUUUGAUUACAUGUAUGAAGAAACCGCCGAACGUCAAAAUCGGGCCAUUGCAAAAGUCAUUGGUCCCAUGAUUGAAGAUGGGGAAAAAAUUGGAAAGUACUAUUUCGAGAACCCCGAAGAAGGACAGACAAUUGAACACGGUAAAAAGGAAGAAGAUGUCCUUAUGAAGGAUGCCGAUCCCAAAACUACCGAAACUACGGAACCAAAGACUACGGAUGACGCCACUGCGCCCACCGCAUCUGCAUCUUCACCUACGCCUGUAUCUAAAACUACAUCUGGACCUACACCUACACUGACCGAACCAGUUGAAUCAUCGGAAACAGUUCAAUCUGAUAAAUCGAUUGGGUCGGUUGAAUCGGCUCCACAAGCCGUCUCUGAUGCCACAUCUGAGCCAUCGAGCGCGAAAAUGUCAACAGAUGAACCAACAAUCUCCGACAAUGAGCCCAAAGCGCCCGGGCAGGAAUCACAGGCGGGAUCUAAGGAUGAACCAUCAACAAAUGGGCCCGACCUUCCGGCCGAACCACCUCGGGUUCCAUUAUUGUACCGUGAAUUAAAUGAACAGGAAGCACUGCAACGUAAGAUCAAGGAACGUACAUUGGUGAUGGCAGCUCGAUACUUCGCCAAUAGAGAAAGUGCCCACGGAUUUUUUGCUUCCACCCUACAGGAUUAUGAUGACUGUACCAUAAUACUUAUCGAAAUUUGAAAUGGACGAACUUUGAUGAAUAUUCUCAUACGAUAAUAAACUUGAAAUGUAAAUAAGACACGUUUUUCCAAACUCU